GCCAGACCUGACUUGUGACAACGUGUCGAUGACGCUUAUUUUGGACAGAGUCCUUCUCGAGAUCGGCGACGACGCCCGCGAUGUCCAUUUCGAAGACGAGUCUUGUGUUGCAUACGUCCACGACAGUGAGCAUGUAGCGAUCACCACCACGUACGACAGAUGUGGUACUACGCAAGAGCAAGACGACGACUACAUAAUAUUUACGAACGUGGUGACGUAUUACAAGCCUCGCCCUGAAAAUGGAACUGAGCUCAUUACCAGAGAACACUAUCUUCAUAUCCCUGUUACUUGCUACCUGGAGAGGACGCAGGCCUUGGAAGAGUCUUUCUUGCCUAAAGCAAAUCUUUAUGUUUUUGAAGAGGAAGGGUACGGCGAGUUCUCGCUAAACCUUGACCGGUAUACAAACUCAGGCUUCUACCAACCUGCCAACGAUUCGGGCGAAGUUACGCUCGGCGCCCCGCUAUACUUCAGCGUCGGCCUGACGUCCGUCACGAACCUCACGCUUCUCAUCGAGUCGUGCUGGGCAACUAGCUCGCCGAGCCCACGGGACGACCACCGCUAUGAUAUCAUCGAAUAUGGAUGUGCCGUGGACAGCACAACAGUCAUUUACAAUUGGCUCUCUCCAACUUCCAAGGGAUUCAGUAUCGCUGCUUUUGCCUUCAUUGGCGAUUUCGACAAGGUUUACGUUCACUGCUCAAUCCUGAUCUGUGACAAAAACGACUCGAGCUCCCGCUGCGCUCAGGGGUGCCUAGCCCGAUCUCGUCGAAGUCUGCAGCCGUCAGGCUCGGGAUCCAAACCCCACACCAUCACGAGCGGGCCGCUCUCCGAUGCCUCACGCUCUCAAAGGGCUAUGUUGCUUGAUAGCUUUGAAGAUGGAUCAGAAUCUCAUGACCCCCUGAUGAUCGUGGCUGUGAGCGCCAUCUGUGUUCUCAUCGCUCUUACUGUCAUCAUGGCGCUGAUGAUGGUGCGCAUGCGUCGUCGUCGCCCCGAGCUGAUUGGCUAUCGCAGAGUGGGCGUUACCAAGGAGGGCUAUUAGCGCUUGAAGAGAGAGAGAGAGAGAAAGAUAGAAGAAAUCAUCCGAUUGGAGUAAAAUUAAAGUGUCAAAGCUCCUCUUAGGCUCUUUGCACGGAAU